AGUCAGCUUCAGUUCGUGCGUAGAAGUCAACCGGAUAAGUUCCCUGCUCAGUUCGGAAGUGCUGCCGUUCGGAUAAACAGUGUUCAGUGAUAAGAGUGAAAGCUGUAGCUAUAGUUAACCGUACCAGUGAGAAGCUAGUGAAAUCGGUUACUUAAAAAAAAUAAAACGUGAAAAAAUGGGCAAAGGUUACUCUCUGACCUUAGCAGUGAUUUUUUGCCUUGUGCAGUUCUGCUAUACCGAAGAUCCUUCCGACUUCAAGCCGAUAGUUAGCCAGACAUGGGCUGAUAAGUUGAAGAAGGAUUUACUAGCCAACUAUGAUCGUAAUAUUCGACCGGCUCAGCACUACAAUGUGACCAAUGUUGAUAUUAAGAUGACCAUUACACAUGUGGACAUCGAUGAGGAAACCUCGAUCUUCUCCGUCUAUGGAUGGGUUAAAAUGCACUGGUUGGACAAACGAUUGAUUUGGGAACCCUCGGACUACGGUGGCCUGGAAACGUUCAUCGUGCCGAGUUACUACCUGUGGGACGCCGAACUGAACAUCCAUUCGACGACGCUUGAAUCAGCCGGUACAACCUACUAUGCAGCAACGAACAUUCGCGUGGAUAACCGAGGGCACCACAACUGUACGGUAAGGGUGAACUUAAAAACGUUCUGCGAAAUGAACUUCCGCCGGUGGCCUUUCGAUACGCAGCACUGUUCGAUUGUGCUAGGCAAAUCGGUUGCUCGGGAAGAAGAUACGGUUCAGAUGAAUGUUUUACCUGGAGAAACGAUCCAAACGAACCGCAAUAAUCCUAGCUGGAAAGUGAUUGACAUGCUGAUUGAAGCCUAUGACAAUCCGAUGGAAGAGGAACGUGGAGCAUUUAUCGGAGUUCAGUAUGGGAUUGUAGUUCAACGAAAGGUGAAAAUAUUUCACAGUACGGUGAUCGCUCCAGCGAUCGUUCUCAUACUCAUGACACUGGUCAAUUUCUGGCUGCCUCCAAAGUCCUCUGAAAAGAUAUUGCUGAACUGUAUAAAUGCAGCUAUAGUAUGUGCAUUUUUGCUUUACUUCACGAUGCACCUGCCACUGUUGGCCACGCGAACCCCUUUAGUAGUUCUAUUUUUCAGCAACAGCUUAUAUUUGACAGCAUUCUGCAUGAUCAUGUCGGUUAUCACAGUAAACAUGGCCAAAUCCAUACACAGGAAACCCAUUCAUCCGUAUAUUAAAUCUUUCCUAGAACUUCCCGGUAUCAGUAUCUUUGCAUGGUCAGCACCCAAUACGAAAGCAGUUACUGAUGAUGAAGUCUGGAACGAGGAGCUAAAAACAAAUUCCAUGGCUGGGGAGUCAUGUUCCUCAGCGGAAGAUGCGAUACCGGUGCCGAAUUCUAAUCAAAAAGACUGGAUUAAGUUUGCAGUGGUGUUAGAAAGACUUUGCUUCGUCGUAUAUGUAUUCCUAUACAGUGUUAUGUCGGCUUGCUACUUGAACUAGAUUUAUUCCAUAUUGAAUAUAAAAUCGAUCAAUUAAAUGGAAAUAAAAUUUUAAGAUCAAAACUUGUUUUAAUCUACCUCUAUUCUAUUAC